CCUCCCUACCUCCUCCUCCCCCCCAUUCCUUCUUCGUCUAGCUUCGGGGGUUCCGACUAAGUCGACAGAUACAGCGCCCCGUCUUCCGGUACUCUUCUGGGGCUCCUCUCGUCACUCGUUCCACCUAUUCAGUCGUCUCUCCUCCUCCUUCGCCGCUGUCCUCUCGCUUGAUCCAUUCUGUCGACAUAUCAUGGUUUAUACCCGUCAGUAAACAUUCCUGACGGUCCCCACCGCCGUAACUUCAGCCGCCAAAAAAGCAGUCGUCAUGGCACCUUGGCCUCAGGCCUGGACCGCCAGUCAUGCUGCUGCUCCUGCCAGACCGACAACCACUUUGCGAUCCCUCCCUCUGAUCGCAUACCUCUCGCUAUUCGCCCUCCUCGCCUCCACCGUCGCUCAUGCGCAAACUGUCGCUAUCCUACCUUCCGCUGCCUCUUCCUCCUUUCCCUCCUGCGGCCUGACCUGCUCCGUCCUCCUCCAAGCCCAAUCUGAAUGCCUGCCGCCUGCCGCUCCGCAGACAAACUCCGCCACCUACGCCUCCUGCUUCUGCCAUUCACAGAAUCUCACCGAGCUUCGCACUUCCUCCAACGCCGUCUGCGAUGAUACGUGCACCAAUGCCUCCGAUCGCUCGUUACUACGGACAUGGUACAACGACUACUGCGCGGUCGCAGCCCCACUCGCCGACGCUGGCAGCACGAACAACGAGGAGGAAAAAUGGCAGGCCCAUUCCGCUCAGUGGUCCACACACUACAAAUGGGUGAUCAUGGUCAUCAUCCUGGUCGUCGGGUUCAGCAUCAUCAGCGUGGUGGGCGUGUGGGCGAAGCGCCGCCAUGAUCGGAAGUACCCGGGUCUGUAUCACGCCGCAGCCACGGGUGGCACAGACAGCGCUCUGCUGGCCGCCCGCCAGCAGGAGAUCGGUCCCGCGCCGGGACCUGAUACACGCGCGCCGGGUCAGUUCAUGCCCGCCCAGUAUGACCCCGCCCAGAAUCCGGGCUCCAUCGCCAGCAGUUCACACACCAACGUCGCUGCCGCUGCCGCUGCCGCCGCUGCAAAUGCCCCCGGGCCCCGACCAGCGCGCACGUCAUCCCGUCUGCAGAAGACGCAACCCGUAUCCGACAGCGACACCGAAAUCCGCGAAGUGGCUCGGUGAAACCAGACUCACGGAGGUCUGGUUUGGAAGGCAUUGUCCACGAUUAGUCAUCGCAGGAACCUUUUCCGCUGUCUCUGAACAACUGGCGGCCGGUCUAAAUCUACUGAAAGGCAACACCCUCCUUUUCUUCUACCUCUUCCAUUCAUCUGGCAAACCAUAUGCCAUGGAUCGAUAGCCCCUGCAGUUACCCCUUCAAGGACAAGACGAAAAGACAUGGUCCCUCCCGCUGAGCUUUGCAUAU